GAUUUCGGAGUCUUAAUUUUGAGAGUGAGUGGUCAGAUUUCGCAUCAAGGACGAAAGCUAGGCAAUAAUUGUCGGUUUCUCAAAUUUUCUGAAAAAAAAAUUGGUGUCUCAACAAUUUAAAUAGAAACAUCUCAUGGAAUUGCAAUAAUUCACAUUCAUGUCUUUCUCGCGCGUCUUUUUCCACUGAUCGUACGACACGUUGAAUGUAAAACUACUUGAUAGUUAGUGUCUGACCCAUCCGGGACCGUCACUCCUCCCACUGUUGUACCUGGAGAUUUUUUAGCUUUUUUUAUUCUAAUUGAAGCCAUAUUCAACCGUACAUCGAAUGUUUGUGAAUAUUAUAAAUUUAACAAUAAUGAUAUUCGCUACAUACCACAAGUUUCAGGUUUCCUGCCCGAAAAGUCGAAGGUUUUUGCAAUUAAUUAAAACAUUAAUCCAAAUAACGUAUUUCAGAUGACUGCCAGCUUGUUCCACAAUAUCAUGAAUAAUAUGAUGAUUUCGUCUCAUUUGUAAUAAUGACUUUAAUUGCUCUGUAAUUAAUAUAAAAUCAGGAAUAUCUCUUCUCCCCUGAUUAUAAUAGGAAUCCCAAAUAAAAUGAAUAAUCGAGAUUCAUUUUCGGAAUUAAUCAUGAAAAUUAAUGUUGCACUGAUAAAUCCGUUGGAAAACAUAAUUAAUCGCUGCGUCGUGUGUACCUACAACAUAGGCGUCGAGACGCCGCCGUUGCGUGGCAUCGGGUAGAAACGCGCCAGCAAAAGCCAGUAGUUGCGCUCAGUUGUUCACGGGAAGUUACGAACGUAUCGUAGCCAGCAACACUCAAUGCUGCCGCGCGUGUAUUCUCAUCCGUUUUGAAUACCUUGAGUCUUCAAAUUUCGGCGUUUCAAAGAAUUUUUUAUUUUUAUUUAUUUUUUGUUACUACGGUCAGACGACAUGACACAUAUUUAUUUUUGUUUUGAAUCAUCAAAAACUGUUCUCGAGUGCAUUUAUCGUGGUGCAUGACUACACGCACUACGCGCCAUUGUCGAAGUAAUUUAUUGCUAAGAGAAAUAAAGUACAGAACGAGAGAUGAGAUGAUGUUGAUUUUUGCUCUGUAACGUGUGAUGAGUGAAUGAUAAAAAUUAAACAUUGAAUAUUUUGCGUAAUGAGUUGUAUGUAUAAUGAGUAGUAAAUUCCGACUGUCUCCAUUGUCGUCAUCAUCGUGCUCGUCAUCUUCCUCGUUGUCUUCUAAACGUGAAAUUAGUGUGAGAAGAAAAUCCAGCCGUUUGAAUUCAUUGUUAUCGAGUCAGAACAGCUGUCGUGAUCAGGACAGUGUCAACGCUAAAGUUAAAAAAGAACCGCCGGAGGAUGAGAUAAAGGAGUAUGCGGCAAACGCAAUGAGUGAGCUCCUCGGUUGGUACGGCUACGACAAAGUCGACAGUGGCUGCACCCGUGGUCUCAAUCUGGAUCACUUUGCCUCCUCCUCAAGUCCCAAGUACCAUCACCAUGGCACAGCACGGCUGUCCACUAAAGUUACAUCUCCAGGGAUUCCCCGGAAGAGUACCUCAAGGUCGCCCACAUCAAGGACCUCAAGGUCUUCACCAAGUAUUUCAGUUGUAUCAUACAAAGAGAAUGGUCUUGUCCAAUCAUCUCCACCGCUGUCUCUCAGAACGGGACCGGCGAGUCCUAGGAUUAUCGAAAACAGUGAUUCAGCGUCCGACACUCCCGAUAGUUCAACGACGUGUUCAUGGUGCGGUAGGGCUGGUGGAACAUGGGAGCCGGGUUCAACUGGUUCAAUGUCAUACGGUGUGAUAAACAAUUCCAGUCGUUUCUGCAGUGAAGCGUGCUUCGCAGCAGGCAGACGUGCUGCAUUCAAAAGAGCCAGAACUUGCGACUGGUGCAGGCACGUUCGACAUUCCGUCAGUUAUGUUGACUUCCAGGACGGAGAGAGUCAGCUUCAAUUUUGCAGUGACAAGUGCCUGAACCAGUACAAAAUGAACAUUUUCUGUCACGAGACACAGACCCACCUAGCCCUGCACGGCAUAACAAGUGCAUCCCCAUCCGCCCUCUCCACGAACCCAUUAAAUCUCGGCGGUCUGAUAACCCCCGAUCUUUGGCUACGGGACUGCCGGUCCCCUCCGCCAAGUCCCGAAGAGCCCGAAGAAGAUCCCCUCAUAGUUGACGAUGAGCCCCGUCCCUGCCACCCCGAAGACGCUUCACCCGGUGUAAUCCCCACAGAUUCGUCCAACCAGGACGACAUGACCUCCUCAAACAUCGACGCAGAAGAAGCGAUCGUCGAGGAAGCGAUAAAAGAAUCCUUGAAAGACGAAGAGCAGAGGAGAUCUCAGUGUAAAAAAGACGAGUUCCUGUCAAAAUCCAAAGACCCUGAAGAUACUGAUAAUCGCGAUGAUCGAAAAUCUGCUAGUCCCAAAGAUAAUUCACUUCCGAAAAAGCCAAUGCCCCAGGAGAACUGCAUUCACCUGAAAGACAUAAAAAAACUGAUGUCCAAGGGAAGCCACAGGACCUCUAAUCACUCGAGGCCCAGAAAAUGGUUGACAGAUCCGAUUCCGAUAGAUCUCCAAGUUCCCAGAUCCACUGGUGGCAUAAUCAACCCCUCAGACAUCCCAAAUUACGUUCCCCAUCCCCAGAACUACCCACUGCGUCAACAAAUUACGAUGGGCGUCAUGGGACCAAUGGAACCACCUCGCCACCCCUACCAUCCAGGAAUGCCUUCACAAAUGAAUACUCCCCAAACAGGAUUGUUACCCCCAGUAACUGUGCUGGUCCCCUACCCAAUUCCCAUCCCCAUCCCCAUUCCUAUACCAAUUCCCAUUCCACUUUUUGGUAAAUUUUUCACGUCCCGAAAUUCCGAAGAUAGUAAUAAGAAAGAAUGUGAAAGAAGCACUGAGUCCUCUAGUGAGAGCCCUCAAGAUCUAUCCAGACACCGAAAGUUCGAUGACAACUGUAGAAAUUUGGGUGCGAAAAUUCUGCGGGUCGAUGAGCCAGUUGCUUCACCACCUGUUGCUGGUGUUUCGAAUCAGCCGACAGUUGUUUUAGAGGCUGAAGGGGUUGAUUUAGGGGGAGAAACAAUAGUCAAUUUGAAGAGACCCUUGAGGAAGAGACGACGACUCUCUGGGGGGAAUCCCGAGGAUGUUGAGGGGAGAAUCAAGAGGAGAAGUAACGUACAAUCUGUGUAAUCUGCGGUGAUUGAGGUUUGAUUAUGUAGUUGAGAGAUUUGGGUCUUUGAACAGAUGGAUGUUUAUCACUCCGCUGGUCGCGCUAGGAGUACCGUAUCGCACUUUUUGAUAAAGGUAAAUGCCAAAGAUUCUUGAGGUAUGAUAGAGAAUCCCUUCUAGCUUCUCUGUUUACUAUGAGCCUAUCAGUUUAAUAUUCAGCGUAUUAAAUUGACUAACUGAGUGUAAAUGGACCAACAGAGUGUUGAUAGCGGGGGGAGGGUAGAAAGGAAUCUGAUCCAAGCAAUCCCUCAAUUAGAAUAUAACUGUCAUGGGAUCUUCUCAACUUCUCUCGUGCAGGUGCACCAAUCAAGACGAUCGCCUAACAGUCAUAUUAUAAUUAUAAGAAUUAUGAAUUUCAGGCAGUCGCCUCCGUAAGGUAUUGGUUUAGUUAUGAUUGUAUUCUGAAAUAACGACCAUUAUACUCGACUAUCAGUAAAUUAAUGUUGAUUUAUUGUUCGAAGAAAAUUCAUUUGUUGAAAUAAUUUUGCUUCGUUCAACUGCUGAAUGACGUUAUUAGUGAGGAUUUGGCAAUGAUUUUGUUGCCCUUGGAGCUUUACUCAAUAUUUCAUUGUUAAUUAGUGCAUAAUGUUGAUCAUAUUUGAUGAUUUUUCUAAUACUGAAUGGUAUCUAGCCAUCAGUUGAGUGAUUUCUUCAUCGCUGUAUUGUUAGGUGCCUCAUACGAAAACUGUGUUUUUAUGUUUAGAAACAGUGAGAUCGUUACGAUUUAUGUUAUUUUUGUCGUCUUUGUUUUUGUAUAUAUUUAUAUGUAAUUAUUUGUGAAAUGCCGAUAAGUUGGUGUUGAAUGAAAAUGUGUAAAAAGUUGUUUGAAACAAAAUGAUGGAUUUCGUUAUCCAAAUGAGUCAUUUCUGAUAACCAGAAAAAAAUGAAUUAAAUCUUCAUGAAUUUUAUGGUAUAAAACAAUAUAAUAUACUUGAAAGCAAUUGUAUUAUUCUCUCUCCACUUACAAAACAAUAAUCAGAUACAUUUCUAUGAUGUUUAUUUUUCGUUGAUUUUUUUGAUAAAACAGAUCUUCAUUGAUUCACUGAUUGUAGAGAUCCCAGAGUGAUACAGUGCCAUCUUUUCCGGUUGCUGCCAUUAAAUUCUUGUUGUUGUGCGCCUCAACCUUCUCCAUUGAAUAAAUAAUAUCAAAAAUA